UCUUGAAUGGAUACCUUUUGAAAAAUUUGAAAAUGUUACCUAUCUUACCAGGGGUGGUUUUAGUAAAAUUUAUUCGGCUGACUGGCCUGAAGGAAAUAUUGAAUAUUGGGAUAUUGAAAAUCAAAAAUGGCACCUAACACCUCCAAAUGUAAAAGUUGUAUUAAAAAGUUUAGAUAAUUCAUCUAAUAUGAAUGAUGAUUUUUUGAAUGAGAUUAAAUAUUAUAUUUCAAGUCAUUUUUCUUGUGUUAAUACCGUCAUAUGUUAUGGAAUAACUCAAGAUCCAGACACCCAAAAUUAUAUGAUGGUUUUACAAUAUUAUAAGAAUGGAGAUUUGAGAAAUAAUUUAAUGAAUGAUUUAGAAUAUGGAAAUAAAAUUCGAUAUUUAUUUACGAUCAUAGAUGGCCUUUUAGCUAUUCACAACACUGGAAAAGUUCAUAAAGAUUUUCAUUCAGGAAAUGUAUUAUUAGAUGGUAACGUCCUAGCUAUUAGUGAUUUAGGAAUGUGUCAACCAGCAGAUGAUAAUGAGCGAAAAGGAGUUUUUGGGGUAAUACCUGUCUCUUAUACACAUCUAGAUGUGUAUAAGAGACAGAGACAUACCAUCAUGAUGUCUAAAUAUUAUAUUUCAUGA